CGAAUUUCUUGGUAAAACAGUUGCAAUCCUCCUCCAAUCUGAAACCUUUUAGCCUUUUCCCCCGAUUCUAUUGAACAAAUCAACAUGGUCUUACUUGGUUUUCUCUGAGCUGUUCACUUCUGAACACACUUCGAACCAAUUUUUUUGCCUGCCCAAACAACGGCACGGCCUACAUUGUGAAGGAAAGGAUUUGCCCCGAUUUAAUUCAGCAAAUCAACACUGCCUUCCUUUGCUCUUGUUCGAAUUGUUCACUUCCAGACAGCAUUCCGGCCAAAAGUGAGCUCCCCAACGCAUGGCCAUUUGCUCUUCUCCAUUCGAAUAAAUUUCUCUCUGAACGAAUGGACUUUAAUUUAGCAAACCAACAUGUUUUAUACUUGCUUUCCUUCGAAUUGUUCACCCCCGAACAGCGCACGACCUACAUUGUGAAAAUCUGGGCUCUCUCACUACCCAACCGAGUGCCAUCUGGGCCUAACUAAGCCCUGUCAGGCUUCUUGGGCGCAUGGAAUUCCGACGCACUCCGGCGACUGUAUUUCUCGGCCCAUCGCGCACCGGAAUUUCUAGCUCGGCAAUCCGUUGGCGUAAUCGCUCGCCCCUUCUUCCCGCCUCCCUCGCCACCGGAUACAAAGCUAGCCAAGGUUCCCGUCGCCCAGCAUUUGCAACCUGCCCUCUCCCCUUCAGGCCACCGCCUUACCCGCAGCCCUCCUCCUGCCCUCCCCCUCCCACCGCUGCCCCCCUCCUGCCCCGACCGCCGCCGGUGUCAACAUGGACCCGGAGGACAUGGUUGAUCGGGACCGGUCCGAGAUCGAGAGCUCCCGCGCCGACGAGCUCAACGGGCUCGCGCUGCUCUUCAUUCUCGGGGCGUCGGGCGGCGGCGCGGUGGGCCGAGUUCUUGGGGCCGCCUGGCGCGCCAGGCUGCCUGCCGUCGUACCGGCCACAAGGGCCGUCCGAAGCGCCGCGAGAGCAGCCAAGACGCCCACGACACCUCCCGCCGCACCCCGGGCGGGUUCUGCUGCCCCAUCGGCUGGUGCGAGACCAGCGACGACGGGCGCCGCCCCUGCCUCUGCACCCCCGGCGGGCUCUGCUACCCCACCGGCUGUCCCUUUCUUGGAUCCUGUGAAAGCAGUUAAUGAUGCUAUCUCGAAGGUGGAAACUCCUGUUUUCUUUCCUUCCAGGAUUGCCAACACGUACAUUGAGAUCGUAAAAUUACUAUCUCAUGGUGGAUGGUCUGUAUAUCUUCUGGAUAAGUAUGCUGAAAAAGGGUGUUCAGACGUUUGCCCUUUCACAGGUAAUGGUGAGUUCUCCCCAGUGCCUGUCCAGAAGCCAGCAGUGGCUGUCCAGUUGCCUGCUGAGGUGGAUGAGAAGCAUCAUUCGGUGGGAGAUAAGGGGGAUGCAGAGGGAGUUGCUGUCCAGGUGCCCGACAAGGUAAAUGAGAAGCAUCAUUCAGAGGGAGACAAGGAGGAUUCAGAGGGAGGUGAGAAGCAGCCUGCAGAUGGAGACUAUGCUUGCUUUUUUCAUGAGAUCGGCAAAAAGGCGUAUGAUUUGCUGUACCAGGACUAUAACACAGGUCUGAAGAUGGUAUCUGACUGUAAGGUGCUUGACACCGCUGUUCUUUUGUCUGAUGGCUCUGAGCAAGUUGGAAAAGCAUCUUUGGGAUUUGAGUUGUCAUCUGAUACAAAGCUUAUCAAACUUACACUUGAUGAUGUGUUGAGGCCUGGUUUGAAGGGACUUCUGUCUAUUCCCGUCUCCUCCCAGAGCUCAUCGAAGGUGGACCUUCAGUAUCGUCAUCUCGGUGCUUGUAUAACCGGAAGUUCUGAGCUUCAGGGAUCGCCAAUUGUUUCGUUUUCUGCUAUGAUUGGCACGAAAAGCAUUGCUUUAGGUGCUGAUGUUUCGGUCAUCACAAAGUCCCUCGAUGCUUUGGGCGCGGUUGGUUCCCUUGAAACCCAGCUCCUGCGAUUUCCUAAGUACACCUGUGGUUUGGUUCUAUCGGAAGGAGACGUGGGUGCUUCUUUCACAAUGGAAAAUGCCGACGUUCUCACAGCAACUUAUCAUCAGAAGUUAGACGAGACGACGUCCAUCGCUGCCAAGGUGCAGCGUGUUCUGUCUUCCAACGACAGCACUCUUACGGCGGGUUUUUCUCAUUCUCUGGAUCCGAACACAACGGUGAAGGCCAAGCUUGGCAGUGAUGGAGCGGUGAGCGUCCUGCUCCGGUACGGCCCCAAGCCCAAGCGCUACGUCGCCUUCUCCGCCGAGUCCAAUUCCCAAGCGCCUCAAAAGGAUACCAAGUUUGGUCUGUGUGUCGCGCUAGGGGCGUGAGUGCGUGCCCUCACUAGUUUAGGUCAUUGAUUUUUGGUGGUAGCAUGUGAUACAGUAUGUGCUGGUGGAUGAAGUCUCAUGAGCUGCUACUCAUGCGUUGAUUUCUGGUCUCUUAUGAUGUUGAAUUGCCUGUAAUGUUCAUCGGCUGAAUACUGCAAUUCAUCUUGGUAAGGCCAGA